CUAGCGCAAAGCCUCGGCUGUCCCCAAAACGACCAAUGUUGGACCCAACGAGAUCCGAUAUCUAUCAGUCGGGCAUAGAAUAAAAUGUUCACGACAACAUAUUGAAGCUCGAUAUCCACGGCGCAUGCUUUUUGGUCCUUUACAAUAUUCUGCUAAUGUGUGACGCGUAUCCACUCCAUUGAGACUUCGCGCUUGUACGCCCCAUACCUACCUAUUUGGAUUUCGCGUUUACACCAUCACCAUGGUCCGCUGGUUAGAUCUCAAAUCGGAGCCCAACUCCCGUGCUGGCCUCUUCUUGAUCGAUAUGAAGGACACCAAUUAUCCAUUUUUUGACGGCAACCUGCGCGGACACCUCAAACUGAUCUCCGUCGAUAUCGACUCCAACGAUCCGACCCUCGCGAAAAGCGUGUUCGAAUUGACCUGCGAUAAGUCAUUAUGCAAUGCGACUGGAAACCUGCACGGAGGAGCGGUGGCACUUGCGUUCGACAUGUGUACCUCGGUCACGGUCGCGCCGGUCGCGAAGGAUGACUUCUGGGACACUGGUCACGUCUCACGGACGUUGAACUGCACGUACAUACGACCAGCACCGGAAGGGACUGUCCUGCUUGUCGAGAGCGAUAUCGUCCAUCUUGGGAAGUCGAUGGGGAUGAUCCGUGGAGUUAUGAGGCGGAAGGAUAACGGGCUUGUCUGCUAUACAUGCGAGCAUGGAAAGGCACGAGUUAUUCGGCCGAAGCCGAGUUUGUAAAUGGGUGGAAGAGGCUCUGGAAUCUGGAUAUCAGUCUAGAUGGCGCUGAAUAGAGAUGUAUACAUGGCGUAUCUGGAAUAGAUAGCGGCUUAUCCAAGCGGGGGUUGCCAGAUGGGGGUGAUAGAUACAAGAAGAUAUACUAUUCGGAUACCUUGCUGAAGAGAUGGCCAUAAUGAAUAAGUUAUGCGUUAG